UGUUUUCCUCUUCGCUUUUGUCCAUGGCGAUCGACGCCAAGCUGUCCGGCUGCCUCCCGCUGCCACAUCGCCAUUGCUAGCUAAUAAAACAAUGCAGAGUGGUAGCUAGCUGUGGCCACAAGUUCAGCGAGCUGAAUGCUGAUAGCCAGCUGCUGCUGCUGUCCUAACCCCUGAGCUGCAGCACACUAAUCAUUUGCUUGUCCUUUUCCAUGCAUCACCCACCAUCAACUUACCACCACCUCCGUCGAUCAUAUACCCACACCGUCUCCAUUGAUCCCCCACCCCACCCCUCUCUCACACGGUCACACCACCUGACCCUCUCUCUCUCUCUCUCUCUACCUCUACCUCUCUCAUGGGGAACAAGCCGGCGUGCAUGUCGCUGGCGCCGGUGCCCGGCUCGGCUUCGGCGUCGAGCGGCGGCGGAUGCAAGGUGAUCCACGCGGACGGGCGGGUGACGCGGCUGGCGCGGCCGGUGCGGGCGUCGGAGCUGAUGCUGGACCACCCGGGCAAGUUCGUGUGCGACGCGUGCCGCCUCGCCGUCGGCUGCCGCGUGCCGGGCGUCGCCGCCGACGAGCUCCUCCAGCCGCGCCGCGCCUACUUCCUGCUCCCCAUGGACAUGCUCUACUCCGUGCUCACCGACGACGAGAUGGCCGCGCUCGCCGCCGCCUCCCACGGCGCCGCCACGGCCGCCACCGCCGCGUGGCGGAGGAUCGUGGUCACCACCACCAGACGGCGACGGGGCGGAAACAGCAGCAACGGCGGCCGCGGCGCCUCUUCCAGGCCGAGCAAUGGCGACGCCGGCAGGGUGUUCCCUGUCGUCGGCCUGCUGCAGCUCCAGGAUGCCCCCGCCGGACACCCCACGAGCGGCGCCGGGGCCAAGUCGAGCGGCACCACCGUCGGGCUGAGGCGGCUACGGUCGUGGCAGCCGGUGCUGGACACCAUCGAGGAGGCGCCGUGACGCGACGCGGCGGCCGGCCCGAUCGGCCGGUUGGUGCCACGCUAGUGUUAGGCAGCUAGAUUGAGCUGGCUCUCGAGUGUACAUGGUCGAAUUAGCUUCUAGCUUUCUCUUUUAUUUUUUCAUUUCUUUUUCUCUUUUCUGUAAAGUUCACUACAGUACAUUCUUUUGGCCUGUGUCAAAUUGACAAAUCUGUUUUUUCUCCAUCCACAAGUAUACAAUAAAGAAGAUCCUGGGCACAUCAAUCAAAAAA